UUCUAGCUAGCUAGCAUCGGAUUGGGUCAUCGCCGCCGCCGUUCGCGUCUCGUAACGGGCUCCCUGCUGACAGGCCUCGAAUGCUCAUGCGUACAGUGUACUCACCACAUCUUUUUCCCUCCACCCUUUUACAGACCGCCACGGCGACCGCUACCACUUUUCACGACACGGCGAUCGCGGCCGCGAGCAUCGUCACCGCGAUGACCGCGAUAGAGAGCGCGACAGGGAACGUUACGAAUCCAGGCGUCACGGCGAUCACAGGGACAAGGACAGAGAGCGCGACCGUGACAGGGACCGGGAACGCUACGGAGGACGGGGCGGGCGCGACCUCGAGGAUGGUCAACGCCGCCCGCGCCAUGACGAUGACCGCCGUCACCGUCAUGAUGACCAUGGAGUGCCACCUCCUGGAGGGUACCGCGGGAGGCGAGAUGACGACGGAGGUGAGCGCAGGGGACGGGGAAAGCAACGUGAUGGCCUAGGUACGCCUGAGAGGAGGUCCCCUACCCCUGCCGACGCCGUUCCUAUGUCACAAAGGAAAAGAAAGGCUAGCGGCUGGGACGUCCAUGCGCCGGGUUAUGAGCAAUACACGGCAAUGCAGGCUAAGCAAACCGGUCUUUUCAACCUGCCUGGCGCUAAUCGUACCCAAAUCCCACCUAUCCUUGCCAUUCCAGGUCUGCCGCCACCCAUGCCCGUGCAAACAUUCGGAAUGGGCA